UGCUCCUUGAAACCCUGUCCAAAACCACAGACCCUUCUUACAAGUGCGUCGGUUGACAACUUCGUUCCUCUAGGCUUCGCAAUGUCUGCAAGUUCGCCCCGCGUUGGAACACCCUCAAAACGGAAGCUCGACGAGAUUCUAGCAGCGUUCGACGGAAACGGAAAGGGCGGCUCGCAACCCCUUUUGCGGUUGAAAGAUCAUCAGCUGUUCCAAAGGCUCCAUACUUUUAGAGAGGCCACCUGGUUUUUAUACGGAGAUGCUUUGACACCGCCAAUGUGCGCGAGGUUUGGAUGGACCAACCGCGGGCUGAAUGGGCUUUUUUGCCCCACAUGCAAAGCAUCUAUUCCGUGUGAGGUGACAGAUAUUCGGUCUGCCGCAAAAGUAGCAGAGUUUGUAGGGUCAGUGCACCAAAGGCUACAGAGUGCGCACGCGGAGAGCUGCCCCUGGGCUUUACAUGCCCUUGAUGGUGAGUUUGAGAUAUUCUAGUCGCUGGAAUCCGGGUCUUAUUGUCUUACUUAUGUACCUGAUCCACAGAGUCAGCUUUCCGAUUUCCUCUGGCAUCUCCGACGACGAUCGUUGGGGGAUUUCGUGAUAGAUAUUUCUUGCUGAUGUCUCAGCGAGUGACAAUUCCGAGAACCGUCCUGCAUGCGAACGCCGAGACGGAAAAGGUCAGUUUUCUGACGCAGAUGCAGCCAUAUCGACGUCCGUCCUUGUCUCAUUCCAGCCCACUGGGUCAAGAAGAGACGGC